AUGGGUGAAUCGCAAGAUGAUGGAAAAGCGAUGUCCGAACUUAUAGGGUUUCUGACACCCACCACACGCUUAGAUGUUCGUCGGGCAGCGCUUGACUAUGUAAUCGCCGUAAGCGGUGCCCUUGACGGUUCGGCCAGUCGCCUUUUCCUAAACAAUGACUGCGCCAUGGGGGAGGCGGUUUGCAAGCUCUGUGAAGAGACGUUGUCGGACAGAUCACAAACGCUAUCUGCUCUGACAAAUUUCUCUUCUGGAUCUGCUGAAGUGGCCAACUAUAUCUUGACGAAAUCAAAGUGCGCCCAACUAUCCUUUGAUGCUUGUCGGAGUCGAGCUCUGUUCGCUAAUUUUGGCGCUCGUCUCUUGGCAAACUUGUCGAGGCAUUUUCCCGACAGGGUGAACGAAUUACUUCUCGCCCAUGAGAGAGAAGCGCUGAGCGUCCUUGUGGGUGAGUUGGUUUUGCAGCUGAUAUUCUCCUUUACUCGAAUGAAAAGUAUUGUGCUGAUUAGAGCUGAGGAGGUAGUCAACUAAUU